CUUUAACUACUUUGUUGCUAUUUAUCAGAAACCAGAAAGAUAGUUUUUCUUGUUAUGCUUUUUAAUACGGCGAGCAAAUUUAUUUUGAGAAUGAUAAAUUUCAGAAUUACUCCUGCCUGAAGCUCCUCUUGUCAGGGCUCCACCCUACCCUCCAAGUCACUUUUGGUCCAUGACGAAACACGGAAUGCAUCAGGCCCCAAAGAGAUCUGUGAAAUUCAGUGUAAAGGAGGAGGUGGAAAUCGCGGGGGAGGAUUUUGAAACUAUUUUGCAGCCCCAACUUGGGCGCUGAAAGAGCCCCCUGAAGGCUGAUAAAUACGGAACGUCCUGUGCCCAUAUGAUCAGUGGAAAUGACGAAGAACGUGCAGAUCCUAUGAGGGGACGUGAGGAGAGGAGGCUUGCGUUUUAAGGUCCAGUUUAGUCAUUAUUUGGUUAAAAACAAAAAACAAACCAAAGCAAAUACACAGAGCACUCUGCUCUCUAGCACGACCUAGCCUCAACGCCACACUGAAAAAACUUUCUCUUCCUACUUCCUCACCCUUUGUUUCUCCUGGAACCUCAGCUUUGGGUCCCUGAACCCCAACACCAUCUCCCCCACCCAGCCUGAGAGGAGGCGCGACUUCACUUCUUCGGCGCGAAAACGACCCGGCUGGAGCGAGCUUGACCGCGAGGGGUGCAGGCUCGGCGGACCGCUGCCCUCUUCCUCCCGCAGCCGAGGGCGCGCAGAGCCGGGGGCGCGGGCGGCUGCAGGGCCCGGCGCGCCACCGCGCGCGAGCUGCUGGGCCACAGCCCGGGCCGCGCCACCCGCUCCGCGAGGAAGUGACGACUGCGCCGUCCCGAGAGCAACAAAGUUUGAGUCUGCGGGCCGUGUCUGCGGGCCGUGCUCGCCUGCGCCCCGCGCCUCGCACCCCUCUGAGCGGCCCCGGGAUCCAGCGCGCAGGCUCCAGAGCCCUGUGGAGCAUCAUGAACUGCGAAGAGUAGAGAAGCCCAAGGGCCUCUCUACAGCGAGGAAGGAAGAGCCAGCAGUUCCUUCUCCCUGUGCCUGACUGCAUCAUCCAGCAUUUUCUCUGCCCCCAUUGGCUGCCGGACUAGGGCCAGGCUUCGAGCAGGACCAUCCCCCAGGGGAUGGGCAGCCGGUGAAGUAGGUCUCACUCCGGGGCCCCGUUGGCCACACCAUGAACCUCCAGGCCCAGCCCAAGGCUCAGAACAAGCGGAAGCGUUGCCUCUUUGGGGACCAGGAACCAGCUCCCAAGGAGCAGCCCCAAGCCCUGCAAGCCCCCCAGCAGCCCCCGGCCCCUCCUCAAUCCACCAGAGUCAAGGAGGAGCCUUACUUUGGGCAGGAGGGUCCAGCAGGGGCUGUCCCUGCCUCCCAGCCUGUGGAACUGCCCCCUCCCAACAGCCUGGCCCUGCUGAACUCUGUAGUGUAUGGGUCUGAGCGAACCAUGUUGUCCCAGCAGAUGGGCUCAGUCAAGUGGCCCAACUCUGUGAUGGCUCCAGGGAGGGGCCCAGAGCGUGGAGGAGGUGGGGGUGUCAGUGACAGCGGCUGGCAGCAGCAGCCCGGGCAGCCUCCACCCCACUCAACGUGGAACCGCCACAGCUUGCCCCUCUACAGUGGACCCAAGGGGAGCCCUCAUCCUGGCAUGGGGGUCUCCACCUACUAUAACCACCCCGAGGCACUGAAGCGGGAGAAGGGAGGGGGGCCGCAGCUGGACCGCUAUGGAAACGCCGUGCGGCCAAUGAUGCCACAGAAGGUGCAGCUGGACGUAGGGCAGCCUCAGGCGCCCCUGAACUCUUUCCAUGUGGCCAAGAAGCCCCCAAACCAGACGCUGCCCCUGCAGCCCUUCCAGCUGGCGUUCGGCCACCAGGUGAACCGGCAAGUCUUCCGGCAGGGCCCGCCUCCCCCCAACCCUGUUGCCGCCUUCCCGCCGCAGAAGCAGCAGCAGCAGCAGCAACAGGCAGCCCUGCCCCAGAUGCAGCUCUUUGACAACUUCUACCCCAUGCAGCAGCCACCUUCUCAGCAGCCCCAGGACUUUGGCCUGCAGCCGGGCGGGCCACUGGGGCAGUCCCACCUGGCUCACCACAGCAUGGCACCCUACCCCUUCCCCCCCAACCCUGACCUGAACCCAGAACUGCGCAAGGCCCUCCUGCAGGAGUCAGCCCCGCAGCCCGUGCUACCUCAGGCCCAGAUCGCCUUCCCCCGCCGCUCCCGCCGCCUCUCUAAGGAGGGCGUCCUGCCUUCCACCGCCCUGGAUGGAGCUGGCACCCAACCUGGGCAGGAGCCCGCCAGCAAUCUGUUCCUACAUCACUGGCCUCCGCAGCAGCCACCACCUGGCCCCCUGGGGCAGCCCCAUCCUGAAGCUCUGAGAUUCCCACUGGAGCUGAGGGAGUCGCAGUUGCUGUCUGACGGGGACAGACUGGCACCCAAUGGUCGGGAGCGGGACGCUCCUGCCAUGGGCAAUGAGGAGGGCGUGCGGGCUGUGGGCACAGGGGACUGUGGGCAGGUGCUACGGGGCGGGGUGAUCCAAAGCACGCGACGGAGGCGCCGGGCGUCCCAGGAGGCCAAUUUGCUGACCCUGGCCCAGAAGGCAGUGGAGCUGGCCUCACUGCAAAACACAAAGGAUGCCAAUGGCUCUGAGGAGAAGCGGAAAAGUGUAUUGGCUUCAACUGCCAAGUGCGGGGUGGAGUUUUCUGAGCCUUCCUUAGCUGCCAAGCGAGCCCGGGAGGACAGCGGGAUGGUACCCCUCAUCAUUCCCGUGUCUGUGCCUGUGCGGGCUGUGGACCCAACUGAGGCGGCCCAAGCUGGAGGUGUAGACGAGGAUGGAAGGGGUCCUGAACAGAACCCUGCUGAACACAAGCCAUCAGUCAUCGUCACCCGCAGGCGGUCCACCCGUAUCCCUGGGACGGAUGCCCCAGCUCAGGCUGAGGACAUGAACGUCAAGUUGGAGGGAGAACCUUCAGUGCGGAAACCAAAGCAGCGGCCGAGGCCUGAGCCCCUGAUCAUCCCCACCAAGGCGGGCACUUUCAUCGCCCCUCCCGUCUACUCCAACAUCACCCCGUACCAGAGCCACCUGCGCUCCCCCGUCCGCCUCGCCGACCACCCCUCUGAGCGGAGCUUUGAGCUGCCCCCCUACACACCACCCCUCCUCAGCCCCGUGCGGGAAGGCUCCGGACUCUAUUUCAAUGCCAUCAUGUCGACCAGCAGCAUCCCAGCCCCUCCUCCCAUCACGCCAAAGAGUGCCCAUCGCACCCUGCUCCGAUCUAACAGCGCUGAAGUCACCCCGCCUGUCCUCUCUGUGAUGGGGGAGGCCACCCCAGUGAGCAUCGAGCCGCGGAUCAACGUGGGCUCCCGGUUCCAAGCAGAAAUCCCCUUGAUGAGGGACCGCGCCCUGGCAGCUGCAGACCCGCACAAGGCGGACUUGGUGUGGCAGCCAUGGGAGAACCUAGAGAGCAGCCGAGAGAAGCAGAGGCAAGUGGAAGACCUGCUGACAGCUGCCUGCUCCAGCAUUUUCCCCGGAGCUGGCACCAACCAGGAGCUGGCCCUGCACUGUCUGCACGAGUCCAGGGGAGACAUCCUGGAAGCGCUGAAUAAGCUGCUGUUGAAGAAGCCCCUGCGGCCCCACAACCACCCCCUGGCAACUUAUCACUACACAGGCUCCGACCAGUGGAAGGCGGCGGAGAGGAAGCUGUUCAACAAGGGCAUCGCCAUCUACAAGAAGGAUUUCUUCUUGGUGCAGAAGCUGAUCCAGACCAAGACCGUGGCCCAGUGCGUGGAGUUCUACUACACCUACAAGAAGCAGGUGAAGAUUGGCCGCAAUGGGACUCUAACCUUCGGGGAUGUGGAUACAAGUGAUGAAAAGUCGGCCCAGGAGGAGGUUGAAGUGGAUAUUAAGACUUCCCAGAAGUUCCCAAGGGUGCCUCCUCCCAGAAGAGAGUCCCCAAGUGAAGAGAGGCUGGAGCCCAGGAAGGAAGUAAAAGAGACCAGGAAGGAGGGGGAGGAGGAGCUGCCAGAGACUCAGGAGAAGGGGGAGCAGGAAGAGGGGCGAGAGCGAAGCCGGCGGGCAGCGGCCGUCAAAGCCACGCAGACACUACAGGCCAAUGAGUCGGCCAAUGACAUCCUCAUCCUCCGAAGCCACGAGUCCAACGCCCCUGGGUCUGCGGGCUGCCAGGCCUCAGAGAAGCCCCGGGAGGGGCCGGGGAAGUCACGGAGGGCACUACCUUUCUCGGAGAAGAAGAAAAAACCGGAAACGUUUAAUAAGACCCAGAAUCAGGAGAACACUUUCCCUUGUAAAAAAUGUGGCAGGUAA